CAGGUUGACCACGGCGAGUCGGAGGGCGACGAGGGCAAGAAAGUCUCGAAGGCGAAAAUGCUCGCGGCCUUCCUCAAGGACCCCAACUUGGGGGACACGUUCAUGACGAUGUGCCAGCAGCUCCAGUAUUCUGAGAAGGUGGAUUGCGAGGAGGAGUGGGUGAGCCGCAAGCAAUUGCUGGACGUAUACUCCGAGAGCGAGGCCGAGGAGAUGAUCAAUGAGCAGAAGAUCAUU